CCUUAAGGUUAAAGAUUGGGUCACAAUUUGCUCUUAUUAACUGAGAGCUUAUAUUUUUUCUUGGGGGGAUGGUGGAGAAGGAGUGGUAUACAGCCAAUUAAAAUAACUACAGUAUCAUUCUUUUGAGAUGAGCCUAAUAUUGUUUUACAUGUGGCACCCACUGUUCUUAUCAUAAGUGUUGACAAGUGAGAGUGGAUUAUUAAGGCAAGUACUCUAGUCUUUAGGGAAACAGUAUGAACAGUGGAAGAAAAUGUUUGACCUGACAUCUGAUGUAGGGCCAGUGGUUCUGUCCCCACCUCUGUGACUUUGGGCAAACUUUACAAUCGUUCUGUGUAUGUUUGUUAAUAAAGUGUUGGGACUGAACUAAACGACUGAUAAAUCUUUUUUAAGUCUGAAAUUCUAUAAUCCUGAGUUUUAUACUUAACUUUGAUUAGUCUUCAAUUUAUAUUUGCAUAUAGGUGUCAUGUCUAGAAAUUACCUUCAACUCAGACAGUGAAGCCUGGGACACUGUGACAACUGGAUCAGGAGAAAGAGGACAGGGAUUGAGGAGACCGAAGAGGCUGAAGACAGGCUGAUGGGCUCAGUCGGUAGGCUGCAUUAUCUCACCAUGACUGCCGAAAAUCCGACACCUGGAGACCUGGCCCUCGCUCCUCUUGUCACUUGCAAACUCUGCCUGUGUGAACAGUCCUUGGACAAGAUGACCACACUCCAGGAAUGCCGCUGCAUCUUUUGCACAGCUUGCCUGAAACAGUACAUGCAGCUGGCAAUCCGAGACGGAUGUGGGUCUCCCAUCACUUGCCCUGACAUGGUGUGCCUAAACCAUGGGAUCCUGCAGGAGGCUGAGAUUGCCUGCUUGGUACCUGUGGAUCAGUUUCAGCUUUAUCAGCGGUUAAAAUUUGAACGAGAAGUUCACCUGGACCCCUACCGAACGUGGUGUCCCGUCGCAGACUGUCAGACAGUGUGCCCCGUUGCACCAGGUGAUCCAGGACAGCCCGUGUUGGUGGAGUGCCCUUCCUGCCACCUGAAGUUCUGCUCCUGUUGCAAGGAUGCUUGGCACGCCGAGGUCUCCUGCAGGGAGAGUCAGCCUAUCAUCUUACCAACAGAGCACGGGGCCCUCUUCGGGACAGCCGCGGACGCGCCCAUUAAGCAGUGCCCGGUCUGCCUGGUGUACAUCGAGCGCAACGAAGGCUGCGCCCAGAUGAUGUGCAAGAACUGCAAGCACACGUUUUGCUGGUACUGUCUCCAGAACCUGGACAACGACAUUUUCCUCAGACAUUACGACAAAGGGCCAUGUAGGAAUAAGCUCGGCCAUUCAAGAGCCUCAGUGAUAUGGAACCGGACACAGGUUGUUGGGAUUCUUGUGGGGUUGGGCAUCAUUGCCUUGGUGACUUCACCCUUGCUACUUCUGGCUUCCCCAUGUAUAAUCUGUUGUGUCUGCAAGUCCUGCCGGGGCAAGAAGAAAAAGCAUGACCCAUCCACAACCUAAAGAUCUCUUCCUGUGUCCCCGUGCCACACAUGUCUUAUACAUACGAGAGAGCACAGUGAUAAAGCCCCACUUAGUGAACUCGCCUCCUUUUUCUUGCCAAAUUUUGGAAGUGCCUCUGUGUCCAGACUUUGAACUUGCCUGUCCGCCUGUGGCAUCAGAAAAGGCCAAGCACUGGUGUGUGUGUUCCUGUGUAAAGAGAAUCGGGUUCUGCAGUCCAGGUUGUGUCUGCGGAGCAUGUCAGAAGCUUGGGUUCUUGGGAAGGAACUAACACAGCCUCGUUUUAUCACCUGAAGGAUCCCGUGGGACUGUUCAACUUCCAGCCAAAUUCAAGGAGCCUGAGUGAACAUUCACUAUAAUAAAGGUGUUGUCGUGGUUGGCAACAUGCAUGAUAAUUGA